AUGGCGCUGCCGUUCAUCGUGCAGUGGUUGCAGCUGCAGACAGAAAGAGAAUUCCGCGAGCACCGCGAUGCUUUCUCGAUGCCCGAGGAGAUGUUCCGCCUGCGGUACCGCUUGAUGAAGGACAUGGCGCGAUGGCUGUGCGAAGAGCUUCGCCAGGACCCGGAGAGGCGGCGUACUGGGACGCGAACCGCCACGACCGUCGAGCAGCAAGUGCUUUGCGCCCAUCGUUUCUUCGCUACGGGCAGCUACCAGAGCGCGAUCGCAAGCGACGAGGAUUUGGCGACGAGCCAGUCAAGUGUGAGUCGCUCGAUUCACGCUGUCGUCGAAGCGAUUGUCGAGCGCCUCGGCGAUGAGUGGAUCGCCUUCCCUGCCAGAGCCCAGGAACUGGCCGCGGCGAAAGAAGGCUUUGUCAACGUGGACGCAAGGUUCGCAGGCUGUAUCGGGGCGGUUGACGGCACGUUCAUUUGUAUUCGGGCGCCGUACGACAGGGACGACAACAACAGAGCCGCGUACUUUUGCCGCAAGGGCUACUACGCUCUCAACGCCAUGGUGGUGUGUGUCGCAACCUUUCGCAUCACUGCGCUGGAGCCCACAUACCCAGGCUCGGUGCACGACGCUUUUGUGUGGAGGGUAUCCACCUUGAGCCGGGAGUUCAGCGCUGGCAGCCGUGACGAGGGUGGCGCAUUCCUGCUUGGUGACAGUGCAUACCCGCUGCAGCCUUGGAUGCUCAACCCCAUCCCCGGAGCACAUCAAGCGAGAUCCGCUGCGGCAGGGCGCUCCAGCAGCUGGCGCCGGUCCGUUGUUCUUGGACCCGGGCGUACUCCAGACCUGGGCCUACUACUGGCUGUCCGGGACGUCUUUGCCUGCCACAUCGGCUCUGCCGCACGCUCCGCUCCGACCAUGCCUGUGUCACUGCUGUCGGCGCGCUCCAGCAGCUGGCGCCGGUCCGUUGUUCUUGGACCCGGGCGUACUCCAGACCUGGGCCUACUACUGGCUGUCCGGGACGUCUUUGCCUGCCACAUCGGCUCUGCCGCACGCUCCGCUCCGACCAUGCCUGUGUCACUGCUGUCGGCGUAA